AGUUGACAGCCUCUCCCACGAGGCAGCAGCAGCGGCAGCGGAGUCCAGGAUCUGGCGCGUCGAGAGUGAGCUUCGUUUUCUCGCCUCUCCCGGCGUCUGCGAGGCAGAAAUGAGAGACCGUCUCUUUGAGCUUUAUGAGCGUUCUCGGCUUUACAGCCAACAUUCUCUUUCUGCUGAGGACAACUUGCAAACACCUCACAAAACACUUCUGUUUGAAACAGAUUAUGCUUUAGCAAGCCUUUACAAAGACAUUCAAGCAAUCCGAACAAGCAAUUACCACCUAAAGGAGGAUGUUCGGCGUCUGCGCAAACAAAAUGCUCGCUUCCUUACAUCAAUGCGCCGCUUUAGUAGCAUAAAACGGGAUGCAAACACAAUUGCAAAAGACAUCAAAGCCCGUGGUGAAGAUAUCCACAGGAAACUUCAGGCUUUGAGAGACUUCAGUAAUGAUGCAGAAACAACAUAUGGCUCUAACUCGAUCAUUGCUCGUGUAUCGAAGGACCACUAUGCUGAUCUCAUGCAUGCUUUUCAAGAAGCCAUGUUUGAAUACAAUCAGACUGAGAUGAACCAGCGGGAGAACUGCAAGAUUAGGAUUCAGCGACAGCUAGAGAUUAUGGGCAAGGAUGUGUCUGGGAAUCAGAUAGAGGACAUGAUGGAACAGGGGAGGUGGGAUGUUUUCUCCGAGAACCUUCUGUCUGAUGCAAAGGGAGCCCGUUCAGCCUUGAAUGAGAUAGAGACACGGCACAAAGAGUUGAUGAAGUUGGAGUCCCGAAUCAGAGAGGUCCAUGAACUCUUCUUGCAGGUAGCACUGCUGGUUGAAGAGCAGGCUGACACCUUUAACAUUAUUGAGCUCAACGUGCAAAAUGUUGAAGACUUUGUUGGAGAAGCAAAAGGAGAAGUGAGGAGAGCUCUCGAAUACAGGAGGAAACAUCCCUGCCGAGCACUUCUGUGCUGCUGCUUAUCCUGCAUUAUGGGUUGACUGUCCUCUUGAAGGCAUGAGAUCAGUGUGUGUGUCACUUUCAAAUUACUAUAUACUUGGUGUGUGUUAUUACCUCCUCUUUUAUUUUCACCUACUCCAGUUUACAUCUCUCACCAUAUAUUAAAAAUAAAAGGAUAAUAGCAAGUUGAGAUGUGUGAGCAGACAGCAUGUAUUAGUUCCACCUUGCUGUCACAGUCACUAACUUACCACAACAUAUACAAAGCCUUGAAAUAUUGAUCAAAUUAAUAAUACAUUGUUCCCAAAGUUGCACCUUCAGUGGAAAAACAGAAUGUUCCUGUGAAUCUGAAAGAAUCAGUAAUAUUAGGUGGAAAGAAAAUUUAAAACCCACAAAUAGAUGCAGUGUGGAUAAGGCAACCUGGACAACUAGCAUGCUCACAUGAAUUAAGAGUUUGAUACAUGGUGAUGUAACUGUAGAUACAAGAUACUUAUUUUUAUAUGUGUAUUGUUUCUAUAUAUUAAAUUAAAUUAAGGUGCAAAAAUAUUUAUUCCGGUUACUAUAUGAAGAAUGUUGUUUACUAUUUGUCCUGUAGCUUUGCCUGUCAUGAAGGAUAUGUGGUCAAAAGGCUACUGUAGAGGAAGAUGCAGAGACUAAGCAGGAUGGAAUAAUCGCUUUUGCGAAUAACUAGU